AUGGCGGCAUGGGCGGCGGUGGGCGUGAUGCUCUUUCUCUUCGGUGCCUUCUCAGCGCUGGUGAUGGUCGUGGCGUCGUGGAGUCGGCGUUGGCACGUCCACGCGAGCGUCGCUGUUGCGAUUCUCCCGCUUGCAGCUCUUUUGACGCUUGGAUUUACCGUGUCUGCACAGAAACUCGUGGAGUACAUACACGAAACGGCGCAACUCAACGUAGUUCCCUCACUUCUCUCCUACAUGCUGCAGAGGGUGCGUCCCAUCGCUGGCGAUGCAAUUACACUGCUUGACAUCCAACUUGUGGCGAUCCUUCUGUUUAUCUCCUACGCGUCGAUGGUGCUGCUUCGGCAUCUCGUGGACAUUUCACGCCUGCUGAAGGUGUCACGUCGGCGCAUUUUUAUGAAGUAA